AUAGCCACAGCCCACCGCGCGAGCAACGAUGUUCAGGUGCCCCAGCAAUGGCUACGGCCAACCGCACCCCACCGCGAACUACCACCGCACCCACUCCGGCGAACACGUCACCACCAAGGUCGCCCAGAAACCCUGCCAUGCCGGCGGCGCCGUGCAGCAGCACCACGUUGUCCACAAGGAGUCGUCGUUCAAGGAGCUGGACGGGGGUAACCGCCGCUGCUUCGACAACUAUCCCAUGAACGCUGCUAACAACGCGAACCACCACCGCUACGAGGCCUACGAGGAAACCUACGAGGAAACCAACUGCGAGGAGGAGACGUACGCGUACGGCGCCGGCCGCCACCAUGGUCACGGCAGCGGCGGCGGCGGGCGCCGCUUCCAGUACCAGACCCACGAGGAGACCUACGAGGAGGAGGAAGAGGAGGUCGUCGUGGGCGGGGGCGACGGCGCCGGCGCCGGCUGGGCCCAGCUCAGGCGCCCAUCCUGCCGCGCAUGAGCAGCAGGCACCUGCUCGUACGUGGAAUGUGUGGAUGCGAUGCGAGUCCGGAUUGGUGGACGCCACGCGUUGGUUCAUGGGUACAAUUGCAAAUUCUAAUAAUAACCUGCAGGUGACAACCUAGCUAAUCUCGUACGUAAAUAAAUUGUACUCCUAGUCCCAAUCCCCAUUAAUCCAUCGAUGCUCUGCAUCCACCGUAUGUAUUCCAUGUAUGGCUGUGAGUUGUGACACAAGUAAAACCAAAUUGACAAAAAAAGAUCAUGAAAUUGCGUG